AUGCUUCAAAACAAGCUUUACAAGUUCUAUUAGUAAAAUAAGGGGAUGAGCAUUAUAAUUAACAUAAUCUAACACAACCCAAAAAGUGCAUCAAUUAUGAUUGUAAGAUUUGCUUCGAAAUUGUAGAAAUAAACCAAGCUUUUAUACAAAGGGUGGCCAGUUCUUUAGAAUUUUUGUGAAAGUUUUAUCUGGAUAAGCAAAAUAUUAGUCUUUAUUAAUAUCUGCUCGUCGGUUGCUAUCUAUGAUAUCGAUUAAGGCAGUUUCAUAUAUUUAACAACAAACUGGAAGAUGGAAUUUAAAACUACUAGCUAUUAAAAGAGGUAUAAACUAAUCUAGAUACUACUUAAAGACAAUCAUCACUAAAUUAAUUUAAAAUUGGCAAAUCUAAAAUUAACCCUUAUGGCGUUUAGCAAUAUAAGGUAGGGAUAAAUGGCAUCAAAUUGUUUUAAGAUUAAAUUUACGGAGCAUGACUAUGAAACAAUAUUAGGAUGGAGCUCGUUAGUAUUAUAAUUUACAGUGGAACUCUAAGUUACUGGAUAACUACGCCAUGGAAUGAUUAAACAACAAGAGCCUGAACCAUGGUGUCAAUGUAUAUCAAAUUUAAUUGAAGCUUUGGAGAAUUUUCUUCAAUUAAUAAGAUGUUAAAAGAAUAGGAAAAUUUUAUCAAUAAAAUAUACUAGCAGCAAACAUUGUGGAUAUAAUUAGUUCUUUUAGGAAAUUCACGCAGAGUUUUUAAUAAUUGAUGAAUGA